AUGGGUUCCCGCCUCAUCCAGGCGUUUGAGAACGGAAAGCACAAUCCCGCGGAUUCCGCACUACUGCAAAGGAGACUUGCUGUGCGAAAAUUACAGGUUUCAUUUUCACAGACCGGUGAGAUAGGCCAGGAGGAGAUGCGACUGAUCAAAUUCUCGUCAGCCGAUGCGCGCUCCAACGGCUUCUUGGCCGACCUGGCUAUUAUCAAAGCGCAGGACUGCAUCCGGCGUAAUGAUCUCCUCUCAGCUCACACCGCGCUCUCGCGUUUUAGGCCCCUCUUCGCCUCGUCUCUUGAGCGGGCACGAGAGGGGAGUGUAGAUACAGUUCGCGGCAUGGUCUACCGUCUUCGAGGUCACUUCUCCGAGUCUGUCAAGGUGUUGUUUAAGGCCUCUGGCUCUGCUAGUGAGGCAUUAGCGCAACUCAGUGCUGCGAUGAUGUGUGAGAUGGGGGAACAUGACAUGGCCUUGGCGAAGUUCGAGGGGUGGCAACAACUCAACUCACGUCCAGGAUCCAAGGCAAUCGUAGGCAUCCGCCUGGCCCUAGCAGACGCCCAUGCAUUGGAGACAUGCGGCAGAUCCUUCGGGGGGAAGAGUGGUCUACCAGCAAAGUCCUAA